UGUUUUCUAUCUGCUGGGUUUUUGACCUCCCCCCUGAAGACCCGAAAGAGGGUCAAACGACCCUGAUACCAAACUGACGACUCUGAUGGCUCAAAUUAGGAUCCCUUCUUCAAUUGUAAAUGUGGCCGUUGACCGUCAGGCCAGAAGGUAGGAGUGGAAAAUCAUACAAAAAGUGUAAGCAAAGAGAUCUGGAAGACUUUGCACAUGUAAAUUUGCAUGCAGCCUUUUGUGCUGUGGAGUAUAAAUAAGGGACUGCUUCACCUAUUUAGUUCACAAGAAACAAAAUGCAGACGAGGUGCACCACUCAGAAGGCAUUGGAGCUGAUUCAGAGCAGUGCCAGCCCUUGGGAUUCAGAUGGAGAAGACAUAGACCUUCAACCGGAUUCGGACUCUGAGCUGUCUUCAGAUGAGGAGACUCUCCCUCCACCACAAAAGAGAGCUAGUUUGGGGAGUGAGCCGUCACAGACCGCGAAAGAUGGCACAGUGUGGCGUGAAGAACAAGUGGGGACACAUCUCGAUUUCACUCCAAUAGAACCGUACGCCACAGAUGGAGAGCCAAGCGCUGAGGCCAGACGAAGUAUCCAGAGUCGCCUUCAGAGCUUCCUCUGUUUUAUCACUCUUGACAUGCUUCGUAGCAUUCAAGAAUGGACAACUCAACAUGCACGUCAGGAGCAGCAGGAUUGGUUCAUGGAUCUCCCGGAACUAAUGGCAUUUAUUUCCGUCGUCAUCUUGCGGGGGGUGAACAAGGUUCCAUCGCUAUGUGACAGCUGGUCAGCAAACCUGGGAAACCCAAGGAUCAUUGCAACUAUGGCCCGAAGCCGCUUCCAAAACAUCAUGCGACACCUACGCUUUGAUGACAUGCUUACACGCAGUGAGCGAGCGGAGACCGAUAAGUUUGCUGCAAUCUCCGAUGUUUGGGGAUCGUUUGUCACUAACUGCAUCGCAUCCUACAACCCCGGUCGACACAUCACUAUUGAUGCACAGCUUUAUCCAUCAAAGGCUCGCUGCUGUUUCCUGCAAUACAUUGCAACAAAACCGGACAAGUUUGGCAUCAAGUUUUGGGUGGCUUGCGACUUGAAAUCACAGUACAUCUGUAAUGCCUUCCCAUAUCUUGGCAAGGACCCCAAUCGUCCCAGCGGGGAGAGACUGUCCGAGUCUGUAGUGAUGAGGCUGAUGGAACCGUUCAUGGACAAGGGCAGAACUGUAACCACGGACAAUUUCUUUACAUCACUGUCACUUGCACAACGACUGCUUAGCCGGAAAACCACUAUCCUCGGCACAGUCAACGAGAGAAGCCGGGAAAUUCCUCAAUCCGCUAGACAGAUGGAUCGCACUGAAUUCACCACUCAGGUGUUUUCAACCACUGGUGCCACGCUGACGGUGUAUGCGCCCAAAAGGAAGAAGGCCGUUUACGUUCUCAGCAGCAUGCACAGCGUGGUUGAGACUGAGGAUACCACCAAAAGGAAGCCAAACACGGUCACACAAUACAACAAAACAAAGUGCGGUGUAGAUGUGAUGGACCAAAUGGAGAGACGGGUGGACUUCCUGGUGGAGCUCGCAAAAGAGUUGGCUAACUCUCAUGGUCGAAAGACCCUGAGUCCAAACUGA